AUGCUGCGCAAGCAGCAAAAGGCAGCUGGCAGGGACGUGGGGCCGGAUGCUCCUGGGGAGCCCUCAGAGACAGCUGGCAGCAUUGCAGGCGUGUAUGUAGAGGCUUCAAAGAGGAUAAUGAGCUUCUAUGAGGCCACCAGAGAGCAUCUGCUGAGCCUGGAUUCAGCCCUGAGCCUCCUGGAGGCGCAGGCAGCCACAGGCUCCAUCUCCGACCCGCUGAGGAGCCGCCGUGUGCCCGUGGCAGAGGCCGUGAGGACGGGGCUGGUGGGGCUGGAGCUGAAGGAGAGGCUGCUCUCGGCUGACAGAGCCGCUACCGGCUUCCUGGACCCCUACACAGAGGAGAAAAUCUCGCUCUACCAGGCCAUGCAGAAGGAGCUGGUGGGGAGGGAGCAGGGCAUCCGCCUGCUCCAGGCCCAGGUGGCGACCGGAGGCGUCAUCGACCCGGCCACCGGCGCCCGGCUCCCGGCCCAUGUGGCCUGUGAGAGGGGGUACCUGGAUGAGGAGAUGAGCCAGCUCGCCUCUGGACCCGGCACUGAGGACAGCAGGGUGUUCCUUGACCCCAGCACCAUGGAGAAGGUCACUUACUCGGAGCUGAGGAAGAGGUGCAUUGUGGAUCCGGCCUCAGGCUUCCUGCUCCUGCCACUGCAGAUCACAUUCCCGGGGAUGGGAGGGAGGGUGAGCAUCAGGGACCUGAUGGACUCUGGCAUCAUCAGCCCCGACGUGUUCCGAGGCCUCGAGGAGGGAGGAAUCUCUCCCCAGGAGGUGGCAGAGAAUGAGAUUGUUCAGCACUUCCUGAGUGGGACCAGGAGCGUGGCUGGGGUUGUCCUGCCUUCUGGGGAGCAGAAGAGCCUUUACCAGGCGCUCAGGGAGCAUCUCCUGGUGCCUGGGGCUGCUCUCAUGCUCCUGCAAGUCCAGGCCUCCACCGGCAGCCUGACAGACCCCCUGAAGAACAAGAACUACUCUGUGGACGAGGCUGUCAGGGUUGGUCUCAUUGGCCCAGAGCUUUACGAGAAGCUGUCCUCAGCUGAGAAAGCCGUCACUGGGUACAGGGACCCAUCCACCGGGGAAAUGCUCUCCCUGUUCCAAGCCGUCAGGAAGGGCUUUGUUCCCAGAGACCAUGGCCUCUGCCUCCUGGAGGCUCAGCUGGCCACGGGGGGUGUCAUCGCCCCGGGCAGGCACCUGCGUGUCCCCAUGGAGACAGCCCUGGAGUGGGGGUACCUGGACGAGGCCACCAGGCAGCUCCUGUCCAGCCCAAAUGAUGACACAAAGGGGUUCUUUGACCCCAGCUCCAAGGAGAAGCUGAGUUAUGCAGAGCUGCUCCAGCGCUGUGUCACCGACCCCAGCACGGGGCUCCUGCUGCUGCCACUCCCUGGGGACAGCAGCGAAGGGUCCCAGGGCACACUCAGCUUCUUUGACCACAGGACCCAGACAGCUCUGGAAAACACACAGGUGCCUGUGUCUGUGGGGAAAUUCAAGGGCAAGCCGGUGUCCCUAUGGAAACUGCUCUUCUCUGACUACAUCCAGGGCGAGCAAAGAGCUGCGCUGGCUCAGCAGUUCCUGGCAGGAGUGCUCUCCCUGCAAGGCUUGGGAGAGGCCAUCAGAGCCACUGUUGAGGAAAAUGCUGCCACUGCCAAUGUCACCUUCAAGGGCCUGAGGGAGCAGGUGACAGCUGACCAGCUCCUGAGCUCAGAAAUCAUCAACAAAGACUUGUUCAAGAAACUCAAGGAGGGAGAAACGUCAGCCAAAGAGGUGGUGGGCAUGGACACGGUCAGCAAGUACCUGCAGGGCACAGGCAGCAUCGGGGGGCUGCUGCUCCCUGACUCCCAGGAGAAGAUCAGCAUCUACCAGGCGAAGCGCAAGGGGCUCCUCAGGCCAGGCACGUCUCUGAUCCUCCUGGAGGCCCAGGCUGCCACGGGGUUCGUCAUCGACCCCGCUGCCAACAAGAGGUACUCUGUGGACGAGGCUUUGCGAGCAAACGUCAUCGGCCCGGACGUGUACGACAAGCUACUGUCUGCGGAGAAAUCUGUCACUGGCUACCGAGAUCCUUACUCGGGGGAAAAGAUCUCCCUGUUCCAGGCCAUGCAGAAGGAGCUGAUCGUCAGGGACCACGGCAUCCGCCUGCUGGAGGCCCAGAUCGCCACUGGUGGCAUCAUCGACCCCGUCAACAGCCACCGCAUCCCUGUGGAAGUGGCCUACAAGCGUGGCUACUUUGACAAGAAGAUGAAUUUAAUCCUCUCCGACCCCAGCGAUGACACCAAGGGUUUCUUUGACCCCAACACCCACGAGAACCUGACCUACCUGCAGCUGAAGGAGAAAUGCAUCACCGAGCCCUCCACAGGGCUCUGCCUCCUCCCUCUGAACAGCAAGAAGAGGCAGUUCGUGGACGAGGCCACCAGGCAGGUGUUCAGGAGCUCCUGGCUGCCCGUCAGGUUUGGGCGCCUGCGGGGGGAGAAGGUCUCAGUGUGGGACCUGCUGAACUCCGAGUACUUCAGCGAGGGGAGGCGCCGGGAGAUUUUCAACCACUUCCAGCUGAGGAAGCUCAGCCUGGAGCAAAUCCGGCUCAUGCUGGAGGAGGAGAUGAAGAAAUGGGCCCCCAUCAAGUUCCCAGCCAUCAGAGGCAAUGUCAGCGCUUACCACCUGAUGGAAACCGGAGUCAUCGACAGGGCCCUGUUUGAGCAGGUGCUGGAGGGCUCCGUCACCCCAGAACAAGUCCUGCACAUGGACUCUGUCAGGAAGUACCUCUACGGCUCAGGCAGCAUCGGGGGGAUCGUGCUCCAGCCAUCCAACCAGAGAAUGAGCAUUUAUGAGGCCAUGAAGCAGAACAUCGUUGUUCCAGGAGUGGCCCUGCCCCUGCUGGAGGCCCAAGCUGCCACGGGCUUCAUUAUUGACCCCGUGAACAACCAGAAGCUCUGCGUGGAUGAGGCCAUCAAGGAGGGAGUCAUUGGGCCAGAUGUCCACGAGAAGCUGCAGCAGGCGGAAGGGGCCGUGACGGGCUAUAAAGAUCCUUUCACGGGCAAGAAGAUCCCCCUUUUCCAGGCCAUGAAGAAGGGCCUGAUUGCGGACAAGCAGGCCAUGCAGCUGAUGGAGGUGCAGAUGGCCACAGGAGGCAUCAUCGACCCAACGUGCGGCCACCACAUCCCCCUGGAGUCGGCCCAGCAGCGAGGCUGCCUGGAUGAGGACACCAGCAAGGCCCUCUCCAAGCCCAGCGAUGACCACAGAGUGUUCUGCCUGCCGGACAGCAAAGAGAGCGUGACCUACGCCGAGCUGAUCCAGCACUGCCACAAGGACGAUGUCUCUGGCUUCCACUUGCUGCCUCUGGCACAGGCAGCUGCUCCUGCCUACACCGACGAGCAAAUCCAACGGAUCUUCAAGGAAACCAUGGUGAAGGAGAAAGGAGUGUCCCUCUGGGAGCUCAUGCACUCGGGGUAUUUCACCAAGGAGCAGAGGAGCGACUUCGUGGAGAAGUUCCGGUCAGAGGAGCUGUCGCUGGAGCAGCUGGUGGCUCUGGUGCUCAGGCUGGUGGGGGAGAUGGAGAUGAAAGCCAGGACACAGAUCUCCCUGGAAGGCCUGAGGGGCAGUGUCCCUGUGGUCUGGUUGCUGGACACGGGCAUAAUUUCCCAGAAGACAUUUGAAGAACUGGCUCAGGGCGUAAGAACUCCCGAGGAAGUGGCUGAAAUGGAGAGCGUAAAGAGGUACUUGAAGGGCACAGGCAGCAUUGCUGGGGUCUUCAUAGAGGCAUCCAAACAGAAGAUGAGCUUCUAUGACGCCAUGAAAAACAACCUCCUCCUCCCUGGUGCUGCUCUGAGGCUUCUCGAGGCUCAGGCAGCCACAGGGUACCUGACUGACCCUGCCACGAACCGGAGGCUCAGCGUGAGGGACGCCGUGAGAGCGGCCGUUGUUGGAGAGGAGCUGUCUGAGAAACUCCUUCAGGCUGAGAGGGCUGUGAUGGGCUACACAGACCCCUACACCGGGGGCUCCAUCUCCCUGUGCCAGGCGCUCAGGAAGGAGCUCAUCCCCCUGGCAGAGGCCGUGCCCUUGCUGGAGGCCCAGCUGGCCACGGGAGGGGUGGUUGAUCCCACCCACCACCUCCACCUGCCGCUCCAGGCUGCCUACAAGUACGGCUUCUAUGACGAGGAGCUGAACCAAACCCUCUCUCAGCUGGAUGACAGCACCAAGAGCUUUUUUGACCCAAACAACAAGGAGAACGUGACCUACCAGCAGCUGAAGGACCGGUGCAUUCGCGAUGCCGAGUCGGGUCUGUGGCUCCUCCCUCUGUCAGAAAACGCCAUGUUCUGCGUGGAUGAACAGACCAUGAAGGUGCUGAAAUCUGUGACUGUUUGUGUCAACGUGGGGCGGUUCAAAGGACAGACCGUGUCUGUCUGGGACCUCCUCAACUCUGAAUACUUCUCAGACAGCCAGAGAAGAGAGCUGGUGCAAAAGUACAAGGAUGAGAAGGCUGAGGUGCUGCAGGAAAUCACCACAAUUAUCACCACAAUCAUCCAAGAGACUGAGGCACAGGGCAAGAAGUUUGCAUUCAAGGGCCUCAGGAAAAGAGUUUCUGCCAGCGACCUCUUCCAGUCCCAGCUGAUUGACAAAAAAACCCUCGACGAGCUCAGCCAGGGGAAGAAAACAGUCAAAGAAGUGACUGAAAUGGAGUCUGUCCGCAGGUACCUGGAGGGCACUAAUUUCAUAGCAGGUGUCCUUAUCCAGCCAAGCAAUGAGAAGAUGAGCAUCUACCAGGCCAUGUGGAAGGGCAUCCUGAGGCCAGGGACCGCCCUGGUGCUACUGGAGGCACAGGCAGCCACUGGCUACAUCAUUGACCCUGAGAAAAACAAGAAGUUUUCAGUGGAGGAAGCAUUGGAGGUGGGUCUGAUUGGAGGGGAGAUUUUUGAAAAGCUGCUCUGUGCGGAGAGAGCCGUGACGGGCUACACGGACCCCUACACCAAAGCCCCCAUGUCCCUGUUUGAAGCCAUGAACCAAGGGCUGAUUGUGAAGAGCCACGGCAUCCGCCUGCUGGAGGCCCAGAUCGCCACCGGUGGCAUCAUCGACCCCGUGCACAGCCACCGUGUCCCUGUGGAGGUGGCCUACAAGCGUGGCUACUUCGACCAGGAGAUGAACCAGAUCCUCUCCGACCCCAGUGAUGACACCAAGGGCUUCUUUGACCCCAACACCCACGAGAACCUGACCUACCUGCAGCUCCUGGAGAGAUGUGUCCAAGACCCGGACACGGGGCUGUACAUGCUGCAGGUUGUAAAGGAGGGAGGAAAGUAUUUCUACAUUGAUGAGUCCACAAAGCAGGCUUUGCGCUCAAAGCCCCUUCAGGUGAAAGUUGGAAAGUUUAAGGACCAAACUGUUUCUGUCUGGGAAGUCCUCUGUUCUCACUACUUCUCAGAGCAGAAGAGGAAAGAGCUGGUGAUGCAGUACAAAAGCAAAAACCUAGCGUUGGAAGAGCUGAUAUCCCUCAUCUUAAAAAUCAUCGAGGACACAGAGCGAAGAGGAGAAGCCCUCAAGGUCAAAGGACUGCGGGGCGAGGUGUCGGUGUCAGAGUUGUUCAACUCCGAGAUAAUUGACAAGAAAACUCUGGAUCAGCUGCAGGACGGGAGUCUCACCCUUGCCAGCCUCACAAAGAGGGACACCAUCCAAAGGUACCUGGACGGCACUGGGUGCAUCGCCGGGGUUCUCCUCCCGCUGAGGAAAGAGGUGAUGAGCAUCUACCAGGCGCUGAAAAAAGGACUCCUCACUGAGCAGUGUGCCCUGGGGCUGCUGGAGGCACAAGCGGCCACCGGCUUCCUGGUGGACCCCCGGAGCCACCAGAAGCUCUCUGUGGAUGAAGCCGUGUCCUCUGGGCUGGUGGGCAGCGAGCUGCGUGAGCAGCUGCUGUCGGCAGAGAAAGCCGUGACGGGAUACACGGACCCUCAAACAGGGAAUAAAAUAUCUCUGUUCCAGGCUGUGAGGCAGAAGGUAAUCGUCAGGGAUCAGGGCAUCCGCCUGCUGGAGGCCCAGAUCGCCACUGGUGGCAUCAUUGACCCCUGGUAUGGCCACCGCCUGCCCCUGGAGGUGGCCUACAAGCGUGGGCACCUGGAUGAGGACAUGUUCCUCCUGCUUUCAGACCCAGACCACGGCAGCAAAGGAUUCAUAGAUCCCAACACUCACGAGAAGAUCAGUUACAGCCAGCUCCUGCAGAGGUGUGCCAAAGACAGGGAGAGCGGCUUCUACCUGCUGCAGGUGCUAGAAAAGGAAGGUGACUAUUUCUACAUUGAUGAGCAAACCAAAAAUGCCCUGUUGUGCACCAAGGUCCAGGUGCCCGUGGGAAAAUACAAGGGACAGGUGUUGUCGCUGUGGGAGCUCCUCUGCUCUGAGUACAUCACAGAGGAGAAGAGAAAAGAGCUGGUGAAAAAGUACAAAGCAGAAUCCCAGCACAUUGUGCAAGGAAUCAUUGAGACAAUACUGAAGAUCAUCAGGGAAAAAGAAGAGGACAGAAGCGAUGUGUGGUUCCAGGGACUCCGACAGCAAAUCACAGCAUCAGAACUGCUCAGUGCACAAAUAAUUACAGAGGAAACAAUAGAAAAACUCCAGAAAGGCAAAGAGACAGCUCAAGAAAUAGCAAAAAUGGAGAGUGUGAGGAGGUACCUUGAGGGAACUGGAAGCAUCGCCGGCGUGCUGGUGCCCUCCAAGGCCGAGCCGGGUAAGAUGGAGAAGAUGAGCAUCUAUCAGGCCAUGUGGAAGGGUAUCCUGAGGCAGGGCACAGCGCUGGUGCUGCUGGAAGCACAGGCAGCCACAGGUUUCAUUGUUGAUCCAGUGAAGAACCAGAAGCUAUCAGUGGAUGAGGCCGUGUCCUCUGGGCUGGUGGGGAGUGAACUGAAGAACAAACUUCUAAGUGCCGAGAGAGCCGUGACGGGCUACACCCACCCCUACACAGGACAAAAGAUGUCCUUGUUCCAGGCCAUGAAACAGGAUCUCAUCGUCAGGGACCAUGGCAUCCGCCUGCUGGAGGCCCAGAUCGCCACCGGCGGCAUCAUUGACCCCGUGCACAGCCACCGCCUGCCCGUGGAGGUGGCCUACAAGCGUGGCUACUUCGACCAGGAGAUGAGCCAGAUCCUCUCUGACCCUGGCGACGACACCAAGGGCUUCUUCGACCCCAACACCCACGAGAACCUGACCUACUUGCAGCUGCUGCGCCGCUGCGUGCCCGACCCAGAGACGGGGCUGCUGAUGCUGCAGCUGAUGGACAAGGGCUCCGUGCUCUACCAGCUGAGCGAGGAUGCCCGCAGAGCCCUGCAGGCCGCCCGCACCACGCUGGCUGUGGGGCUCUUCCAGGGCCAGAGCGUCACCGUCUGGGAGCUCCUCUUCUCCCGCUACGUCCCCGAGCACCGGCGCCAGGAGCUCCUGCGUCAGUACAAGGCGGGGACAGUCACCAUUGCACAGAUGAUCGACAUCCUCGUGCAAAUCAUCACCAGAGCUGAGGCCCAGGGCCACGGUGAAAAUGGAGUCCCAAAGGCCACAGAAAAGGAGAUCCUGCCUGAACCUGUCCAGAACGGGAGUGCCUCAAAGUCCCAGAAGAAACAAGAACUAAAGAGAGAGCAGGAGCAGGAGGAGGAGCUGGAGCGGUCCCUCAAGUCCCACACGGUGGAGGUCUCGGCAGGCGGCUUCCACGGCAGGAAGGUGUCCCUGUGGGAGCUGCUCUUCUCCAAGUUUGUGUCCGAGGCCAAGCGCCAGGAGCUGCUGGGGCGGCUGCGGGCUGGGAGCCUGGCGCUGGCCGAGCUGGCCACGCUGCUCACCCUGCUGGUGGAGGAGGCGGCGCAGCGCGGCAGCAGCGUGAAAUUCACGGGCCUCAGGAGGCAGGUGAGCGCCUCGGACCUGCUGGACUCGGGCAUCAUUGACACGGGCACGCUGGCCGAGCUGGUGCAGGGCGCCAGGACCGUGCAGGAGGUGACGCAGAUGGCCUCGGUCAAGCGCUACCUGGAUGGCACGGGCGUCAUCGCCGGCGUGCUGGUGCCCUCCAAGGCUGACCUGAGCAAGAUGGAGAAGAUGAGCAUCUACCAGGCCAUGUGGAAGGGCAUCCUGAGGCAGGGCACGGCGCUGGUGCUGCUGGAGGCCCAGGCGGCCACCGGCUUCCUGGUGGACCCAGUCAAGAACCAGAAGCUCUCAGUGGAUGAGGCCGUGUCCUCUGGGCUGGUGGGCAGCGAGGUGCAUGAGAAGCUGCUGUCUGCGGAGCGGGCCGUGACGGGCUACUCUGACCCCUACACGGGGGAAAAGAUCUCCCUGUUCCAGGCCAUGAAGAAGGAGCUGAUUGUCAGGGACCACGGCAUCCGCCUGCUGGAGGCCCAGAUCGCCACUGGCGGCAUCAUCGACCCUGUGCACAGCCACCGCCUGCCCGUGGAGGUGGCCUACAAGCGUGGCUACUUUGACCAGGAGAUGAACCAGAUCCUGUCUGACCCUGACGACGACACCAAGGGCUUCUUUGACCCCAACACCCACGAGAACCUGACCUACUUGCAGCUGCUGCGCCGCUGCGUGCCCGACCCAGAGACGGGGCUGCUGAUGCUGCAGCUGAUGGACAAGGGCUCCGUGCUCUACCAGCUGAGCGAGGAUGCCCGCAGAGCCCUGCAGGCCGCCCGCACCACGCUGGCUGUGGGGCUCUUCCAGGGCCAGAGCGUCACCGUCUGGGAGCUCCUCUUCUCCCGCUACGUCCCCGAGCACCGGCGCCAGGAGCUCCUGCGUCAGUACAAGGCGGGGACAGUCACCAUUGCACAGAUGAUCGACAUCCUCGUGCAAAUCAUCACCAGAGCUGAGGCCCAGGGCCACGGUGAAAAUGGAGUCCCAAAGGCCACAGAAAAGGAGAUCCUGCCUGAACCUGUCCAGAACGGGAGUGCCUCAAAGUCCCAGAAGAAACAAGAACUAAAGAGAGAGCAGGAGCAGGAGGAGGAGCUGGAGCGGUCCCUCAAGUCCCACACGGUGGAGGUCUCGGCAGGCGGCUUCCACGGCAGGAAGGUGUCCCUGUGGGAGCUGCUCUUCUCCAAGUUUGUGUCCGAGGCCAAGCGCCAGGAGCUGCUGGGGCGGCUGCGGGCUGGGAGCCUGGCGCUGGCCGAGCUGGCCACGCUGCUCACCCUGCUGGUGGAGGAGGCGGCGCAGCGCGGCAGCAGCGUGAAAUUCACGGGCCUCAGGAGGCAGGUGAGCGCCUCGGACCUGCUGGACUCGGGCAUCAUUGACACGGGCACGCUGGCCGAGCUGGUGCAGGGCGCCAGGACCGUGCAGGAGGUGACGCAGAUGGCCUCGGUCAAGCGCUACCUGGAUGGCACGGGCGUCAUCGCCGGCGUGCUGGUGCCCUCCAAGGCUGACCCGAGCAAGAUGGAGAAGAUGAGCAUCUACCAGGCCAUGUGGAAGGGCAUCCUGAGGCAGGGCACGGCGCUGGUGCUGCUGGAGGCCCAGGCGGCCACCGGCUUCCUGGUGGACCCAGUCAAGAACCAGAAGCUCUCAGUGGAUGAGGCCGUGUCCUCUGGGCUGGUGGGCAGCGAGGUGCAUGAGAAGCUGCUGUCUGCGGAGCGGGCCGUGACGGGCUACUCUGACCCCUACACGGGGGAAAAGAUCUCCCUGUUCCAGGCCAUGAAGAAGGAGCUGAUUGUCAGGGACCACGGCAUCCGCCUGCUGGAGGCCCAGAUCGCCACUGGCGGCAUCAUCGACCCUGUGCACAGCCACCGCCUGCCCGUGGAGGUGGCCUACAAGCGUGGCUACUUUGACCAGGAGAUGAACCAGAUCCUGUCUGACCCUGACGACGACACCAAGGGCUUCUUUGACCCCAACACCCACGAGAACCUGACCUACUUGCAGCUGCUGCGCCGCUGCGUGCCCGACCCGGAGACGGGGCUGCUGAUGCUGCAUCUGAUGGACAAGGGCUCCGUGCUCUACCAGCUGAGCGAGGAUGCCCGCAGAGCCCUGCAGGCCGCCCGCACCACGCUGGCUGUCGGGCUCUUCCAGGGCCAGAGCGUCACCGUCUGGGAGCUCCUCUUCUCCCGCUACGUCCCCGAGCACCGGCGCCAGGAGCUCCUGCGCCAGUACAAGGCGGGGACAGUCACCAUUGCACAGAUGAUUGACAUCCUCGUGCAAAUCAUCACCAGAGCUGAGGCCCAGGGCCACAGUGACAAUGGAGUCCCCAAGGACACAGAAAAGGAGGUCCUGCCUGAACCUAUCCAGAACGGCAGUGCCUCAAACUUCCAGAAGACACAGGAACUAAAGAGAGAGCAGGAACAGGAGCAGGAGCUGGAGCGGUCCUUAAAGUCCCACACGGUGGAGGUCUCAGCAGGUGGCUUCCACGGCAGGAAGGUGUCCCUGUGGGAGCUGCUCUUCUCCAAGUUUGUGUCCGAGGCCAAGCGCCAGGAGCUGCUGGGGCGGCUGCGGGCUGGGAGCCUGGCGCUGGCCGAGCUGGCCACGCUGCUCACCCUGCUGGUGGAGGAGGCGGCGCAGCAUGGCAGCAGUGUGAAAUUCACGGGCCUCAGGAGGCAGGUGAGCGCCUCGGACCUGCUGGACUCGGGCAUCAUCGACACGGGCACGCUGGCCGAGCUGGUGCAGGGCGCCAGGACCGUGCAGGAGGUGACGCAGAUGGCCUCGGUCAAGCGCUACCUGGAUGGCACAGGCGUCAUCGCCGGCGUGCUGGUGCCCUCCAAGACUGACCCGAGCAAGAUGGAGAAGAUGAGCAUCUACCAGGCCAUGUGGAAGGGCAUCCUGAGGCAGGGCACGGCGCUGGUGCUGCUGGAGGCCCAGGCGGCCACCGGCUUCCUGGUGGACCCAGUCAAGAACCAGAAGCUCUCAGUGGAUGAGGCCGUGUCCUCUGGGCUGGUGGGCAGCGAGCUGCACGAGAAGCUGCUGUCUGCGGAGCAGGCCGUGACGGGCUACUCUGACCCCUACACGGGGGAAAAGAUCUCCUUGUUCCAGGCCAUGAAGAAGGAGCUGAUUGUCAGGGACCACGGCAUCCGCCUGCUGGAGGCCCAGAUCGCCACCGGUGGCAUCAUCGACCCCGUGCACAGCCACCGUGUCCCUGUGGAGGUGGCCUACAAGCGUGGCUACUUCGACCAGGAGAUGAGCCAGAUCCUGUCUGACCCCGGCGACGACACCAAGGGCUUCUUCGACCCCAACACCCACGAGAACCUGACCUACCUGCAGCUGCUGCGCCGCUGCGUGCCCGACCCAGACACGGGGCUGCUGAUGAUGCAGCUGAUGGACAAGGGCUCCGUGCUCUACCAGCUGAGCGACGAUGCCCGCAGAGCCCUGCAGGCCGCCCGCACCACACUGGCUGUCGGGCUCUUCCAGGGCCAGAGCGUCACCGUCUGGGAGCUCCUCUUCUCCCGCUACAUCCCCGAGCACCGGCGCCAGGAGCUCCUGCGCCAGUACAAGGCGGGGACAGUCACCAUUGCACAGAUGAUCGACAUCCUCGUGCAAAUCAUCACCAGGGCUGAGGGCCACAGUGAAAAUGGAGUCCCAAAGGCCACAGAAAAGGAGAUCCUGCCUGAACCCAUCCAGAAUGGCAGUGCCUCAAAGUCCCAGAAGGAAGAGAAACAGAAACAGGAGGAGGAGCUGGAGCGGUCCCUCAAGUCCCACACGGUGGAGGUCUCGGCAGGCGGCUUCCACGGCAGGAAGGUGUCCCUGUGGGAGCUGCUAUUCUCCAAGUUUGUGUCCGAGGCCAAGCGCCAGGAGCUGCUGUGGCGGCUGCGGGCUGGGAGCCUGGCGCUGGCCGAGCUGGCCACGCUGCUCACCCUGCUGGUGGAGGAGGCGGCGCAGCGCGGCAGCAGUGUGAAAUUCACGGGCCUCAGGAGGCAGGUGAGCGCCUCGGACCUGCUGGACUCGGGCAUCAUCGACACGGGCACACUGGCCGAGCUGGUGCAGGGCGCCAGGACCGUGCAGGAGGUGACGCAGAUGGCCUCGGUCAAGCGCUACCUGGAUGGCACGGGCGUCAUCGCCGGCGUGCUGGUGCCCUCCAAGGCCGACCCGAGCAAGAUGGAGAAGAUGAGCAUCUACCAGGCCAUGUGGAAGGGCAUCCUGAGGCAGGGCACGGCGCUGGUGCUGCUGGAGGCCCAGGCGGCCACCGGCUUCCUGGUGGACCCAGUCAAGAACCAGAAGCUCUCAGUGGAUGAGGCCGUGUCCUCUGGGCUGGUGGGCAGCGAGGUGCAUGAGAAGCUGCUGUCUGCGGAGCGGGCCGUGACGGGCUACUCUGACCCCUACACGGGGGAAAAGAUCUCCCUGUUCCAGGCCAUGAAGAAGGAGCUGAUUGUCAGGGACCACGGCAUCCGCCUGCUGGAGGCCCAGAUCGCCACUGGCGGCAUCAUCGACCCUGUGCACAGCCACCGUGUCCCUGUGGAGGUGGCCUACAAGCGUGGCUACUUUGACCAGGAGAUGAACCAGAUCCUGUCUGACCCUGACGACGACACCAAGGGCUUCUUUGACCCCAACACCCACGAGAACCUGACCUACUUGCAGCUGCUGCGCCGCUGCGUGCCCGACCCAGACACGGGGCUGCUGAUGAUGCAGCUGAUGGACAAGGGCUCCGUGCUCUACCAGCUGAGCGAGGAUGCCCGCAGAGCCCUGCAGGCCGCCCGCACCACGCUGGCUGUGGGGCUCUUCCAGGGCCAGAGCGUCACCGUCUGGGAGCUCCUCUUCUCCCGCUACAUCCCCGAGCACCGGCGCCAGGAGCUCCUGCGCCAGUACAAGGCGGGGACAGUCACCAUUGAUCAGAUGAUUGACAUCCUCGUGCAAAUCAUCACCAGAGCUGAGGCCCAGGGCCACGGUGAAAAUGGAGUCCCAAAGGCCACAGAAAAGGAGAUCCUGCCUGAACCUGUCCAGAACGGGAGUGCCUCAAAGUCCCAGAAGAAACAAGAACUAAAGAGAGAGCAGGAGCAGGAGGAGGAGCUGGAGCGGUCCUUAAAGUCCCACACGGUGGAGGUCUCAGCAGGUGGCUUCCACGGCAGGAAGGUGUCCCUGUGGGAGCUGCUCUUCUCCAAGUUUGUGUCCGAGGCCAAGCGCCAGGAGCUGCUGGGGCGGCUGCGGGCUGGGAGCCUGGCGCUGGCCGAGCUGGCCACGCUGCUCACCCUGCUGGUGGAGGAGGCGGCGCAGCAUGGCAGCAGUGUGAAAUUCACGGGCCUCAGGAGGCAGGUGAGCGCCUCGGACCUGCUGGACUCGGGCAUCAUCGACACGGGCACGCUGGCCGAGCUGGUGCAGGGCGCCAGGACCGUGCAGGAGGUGACGCAGAUGGCCUCGGUCAAGCGCUACCUGGAUGGCACAGGCGUCAUCGCCGGCGUGCUGGUGCCCUCCAAGACUGACCCGAGCAAGAUGGAGAAGAUGAGCAUCUACCAGGCCAUGUGGAAGGGCAUCCUGAGGCAGGGCACGGCGCUGGUGCUGCUGGAGGCCCAGGCGGCCACCGGCUUCCUGGUGGACCCAGUCAAGAACCAGAAGCUCUCAGUGGAUGAGGCCGUGUCCUCUGGGCUGGUGGGCAGCGAGCUGCACGAGAAGCUGCUGUCUGCGGAGCGGGCCGUGACGGGCUACUCUGACCCCUACACGGGGGAAAAGAUCUCCUUGUUCCAGGCCAUGAAGAAGGAGCUGAUUGUCAGGGACCACGGCAUCCGCCUGCUGGAGGCCCAGAUCGCCACCGGCGGCAUCAUCGACCCUGUGCACAGCCACCGCCUGCCCGUGGAGGUGGCCUACAAGCGUGGCUACUUCGACCAGGAGAUGAGCCAGAUCCUGUCUGACCCCGGCGACGACACCAAGGGCUUCUUCGACCCCAACACCCACGAGAACCUGACCUACCUGCAGCUGCUGCACCGCUGCGUGCCCGACCCAGACACGGGGCUUUAUUUCCUCAAUAUUGGUCCCGGAGUCAUCAUGCCCCAGGACAGGACAGGGUACCUGGGCCAGGUGUGCUCCCCGCACGGUCCUGGAAUCACCUUCCCCCACCCAGGACAGCACAGGGACAGCACAGGGUACCUGGACCAGGUGCAUCCUGGAGCCAUCACCACCCACUACAACACAGGGUACCUGGGCCAGGUGCGCUCCCUGCCAGGGUCCCGGAGCCACCACCCCCUCAGGACAGGGUACCUGGGCCAGGUGCGCUCCCCGCAGCCGAGCCCCCUCCCGCGCCUGCUGCUAAAGCAGGCAUUAGAAGAGCUGGGGGGCUCCGUGGCCAGUCCAGACACGCCCAGCACGCCACAGGAGCAGGAUUCCAUCCCAGAGACAAUGAGGAAGAUGAGUGGGUGCUCCAAAAACAACGAGCAGAGCAGCCCAGGUGAGCACAAGGAGAUGGACGGGGACAGCGGCGGCAGCUUCAUCGCCGGAGUCUUCAUGCAGGCCAAGGGGAAGAAGCUGAGCAUCCACGAGGCCAUGGUGAGGGGCAUGCUGAGCCCGGGCACGGCGCUGGUGCUGCUGGAGGCGCAGGCGGCCUCGGGCCUGCUCAUGGACCCGGGCAGCGCCGCGCGGCUCUCGGUGACAGAGGCGCUGGCUCGGGGGCUUGUGGGCCAUGACUUCUAUGAGAAGCUGCUGUCGGCUGAGGGAGCCGUGACCGGGUACACAGAGCCCUACACGGGCCACAGGAUCUCCCUAUUCCAGGCCAUGCAGAAGGGGCUGAUUGUCAGGGACCACGGCAUCCGCCUGCUGCAGGCCCAGAUCGCCACCGGCGGCAUCAUCGACCCUGUGCGCGGCCACCGUGUCCCCGUGGAGGUGGCCUACAAGCGUGGCUACUUCGAUGAAGAGAUGAACCAGAUCCUUUCCAGCCCCGAGAAUCAAACGAGGACUUGCUUUGACCCCAACACCCAUGAGAACCUGACCUACCUGCAGCUGCUGCGCCGCUGCGUGCCCGACCCGGACACGGGGCUGCUGAUGCUGCAGCUGAUGGACAAGGGCUCCGUGCUCUACCAGCUGAGCGAGGAUGCCCGCAGAGCCCUGCAGGCCGCCCGCACCACGCUGGCUGUGGGGCUCUUCCAGGGCCAGAGCGUCACCGUCUGGGAGCUCCUCUUCUCCCGCUACGUCCCCGAGCACCAGAGAGAGAAGCUGCUCAGGAGAUACAAGGCGGGGGCAGUGAGCACUGCACAGAUGAUCGAGGUCCUCACCGCCACCAUCACGGCAGCAGAAAGGGACAGCGGGGCUCUGGGCUCACCCACAGCCAAGCCCAACAAUGAGGCGAGGGCAUCACCCCCAGCUCAGGACGCGCAGGCCCAGGAGCAGCAGCUGAGGAAGUCCCUCAAGUCCAUGACGGUCCGUGUUACUGCUGGGGAGUUCCGGGGGCAAAACGUGUCUGUGCUGGACCUGCUCUUCUCCAGAUACAUCCCUCAGGACAAGCGUCAGGAGCUGCUGGAGCUGUACAGGGCAGGGAUACUGAGCACGGAGCAGGUGGGCGCCGUGGUGACCACCAUGGUGAACCGGACAGAGGCCGCGAACGCCGCGCGGGUGGCAAACACCAGGGGCAUACACAGGGCAGUGCCAGCGGCUGGGGAGGGUGGAAAGGAUUGUUCAGAACACCUGGAUGAGGCCCUGAGGUGCACCACCAUCAGUGUGCCGGCUGGGGAGCUGCAGGGACAGCAGGUGUCCCUGUGGGACAUGAUCUUCUCCGAUUACAUCCCCGAGGAGAAGAGGGAGGAGCUGCUGGACCUGUACCAUGAGAGGUUAUUAACUCUGGAGCAGAUGACAACUGUUGUCAGCACUCUGAUUAGGAAAAAAGAAUCUGCAGGCAGGAAAUUCCAAAUUUCAGUCAAGAGUUCCAGCAAGGACCCCGUGACAGCAGCAGGAGAGGAGAGUGAUAACAAAUCCCCCAAGGAGGAACCCUGGAAAACAACCCUGAAAACCACAAUGGUCCACGUGGAGGCUCCAGAGUUCCAGGGCAGGACAGCAGCAGCAGAGAGAACAGAGCCUGUGAGUGGCCCCAGGGCAGAGCCGGUGGCCACAGAGUCUGAACCCACGGCCCUGGAUCGGGAUGGGGCCUGGGAGGAGACCCUGAAGGCCACCAGAGCCGAGGUGUCAGUGGGGGAGUUCCAGGAUGGACAGACAUCCCUGUGGGACCUGCUCUUCUCUGACCACAUCCCUGAGGAGAAGCGUCAGGAGCUGCUGGAGCUGUACCGUGGGGGGACGCUGCCCUUGGAGCAGUUAAUCCUUGUGGUCACCACUCUCAUCAAGAAAAAAGAAUCUGCAGGCAAGAAAUUCCAAAUUUCAGUCAAGAGUUCCAGCAAGGACCCCGUGACAGCAGCUGGAGAGGAGGGUGAUGACAAACGUCUCAAGGAGGAACCCUGGAAAACAACCCUAAAAACCACAAUGGUCCACGUGGAGGCUCCAGAGUUCCAGGGCAGGCAGGUGUCCCUGUGGGACCUGCUGCACUCCCGCUACAUCCCCCAGGAGAACAGGAGGGAGCUGACAGCAGCAGCAGAGAGAACAGAGCCUGUGAGUGGUCCCAGGGCAGAGCCGGUGGCCACAGAGGCUGAACCCACCGCCCUGGAUGGGGAUAGAACCUGGGAGGAGACCCUGAAGGCCACCAGAGCUGAGGUGUCAGUGGGGGAGUUCCAGGAUGGACAGACUUCCUUGUGGGACCUGCUAUUCUCUGAUUACAUCCCCGAGGAGAAGCGUCAGGAGCUGCUGGAGCUGUACCGUGGGGGGACACUGCCCUUGGAGCAGUUAAUGCUUGUGGUCACCACUCUCAUCAAGAAAAAAGAAUCUGCAGGCAGGAAAUUCCAAAUUUCAGUCAAGAGUUCCAGCAAGGAUCCUGUGACAGCAGCAGGAGAGGAGGGUGAUGACAAACGUCUCAAGGAGGAACCCUGGAAAACAACCCUGAAAACCACAAUGGUCCACGUGGAGGCUCCAGAGUUCCAGGGCAGGCAGGUGUCCCUGUGGGACCUGCUGCACUCCCGCUACAUCCCCCAGGAGAACAGGAGGGAGGUGCUGGAGCUCUACGAGGCAGGAGAGCUGAGCCUGGAGCAGGUGAGGACCGUUGUCACCACCAUUGUCACCAGGACAGCAGCAGCAGAGAGAGCAGAGACAGCAGCAGCUGUGGGUGGUCCCAGGGCAGAGCCGGUGGCCACAGAGGCUGAACCCACUGCCCUGGAUGGGGAUGGGGCCUGGGAGGAGACCCUGAAGGCCACCAGAGCCGAGGUGGCAGUGGGGGAAUUCCAGGGCACACAGACGUCCCUGUGGGACCUGCUCUUCUCUGACCACAUCCCCGAGGAGAAGCGGCAGGAGCUGCUGGAGCUCCAGAGCCUGGAGCAGCACCUCAGGGCCCUCCCCGCGCACACCAUGGACCUGCUGCGCUCUGAGGGCUCCUACAUCACCUGUGACCCGGCCCAGGAGCGCCGGGUGUCCGUGUGGGAGCUGCUCUCCUCCAAGCAGGUGUCCGAGUACAAACGGGAGGCGUGCCUGGACACCUACCCCUCGGGAGGGCUGACGGUGAACAGGAUCACCAUCACCACCACCAUCACCACCGGGCCCCGGCUGGAGCAGAGCCGGCCCCGGCACCACUGA